AUGAAUCUCCACAUCGUCUUCGUGGGGGUGAACCCCGCCUGGGUCCACCACGUCUACCUCACCAUCGCGAGCAAAACCUCUCGUAAAGAUACAGACGUGAAAGGGAAGACCAAAUCCCUGACCUGCAGCCCCUGGGCGGUUCUAGAUGGGGACCAACCAGGUUUAAAAUCUUUAUUGCAGUCCCUUUCUGGAAGGUUCUGCAGUAGAGAGCUGGUAGGAAUCAUGGGGCCCUCUGGAGCUGGGAAGACCACACUAAUGAACAUUCUGGCUGGUUACAGAGAAAAAGGGACGAAGGGUCAAAUCCUGGUAAACGGGAAACCCAGGGAUCGGAAGACCUUCAGGAAAAUGUCUUGCUACAUCAUGCAGGAGGAUAUUCUGCUGCCACAUCUCACUCCCAGGGAGGCCAUGAUGGUUUCAGCAAAUUUGAAGCUGGAUGAAACCCUGGAAGUGAAAAAAAAUCUGGUGGAUGAGAUUCUAACUGCCUUGGGACUCCUUGACUGUGCCCACACCCGCACUGCUGCCCUCUCUGGUGGUCAGUGUAAACGUCUGGCUAUCGCAUUAGAACUGGUCAACAACCCUCCAGUCAUGUUCUUCGACGAGCCCACAAGUGGUUUAGACAGUGUUUCCUGCUACCAAGUGGUGUCCUUAAUGCACUCUCUGGCACUGGGAGGACGUACCAUUAUCUGCACCAUUCAUCAGCCCAGUGCCAAAUUGUUUGAGAUGUUUGACAAGCUUUACAUCCUCAGUCAGGGUCAGUGUAUCUACAAAGGCUCAGUACCAUCCCUUAUCCCCUACAUGAAGACUAUGGGCCUCUGCUGUCCUACCUAUCACAACCCUGCUGACUUCAUCAUUGAAGUGGCCUCAGGAGAAUAUGGGGAACUAAACCCUGUUCUCUUUGAGGCAGUUCAAGGUGGAAUGUGCACCUUAGAACACAGGAGGAACCUUUGUGCAGCCAACAGCUCCAUGAAUGCUGAAUACAUUGAGAGCCAUACCUUUGCCACAAGCACACUCAUACAGUUCUGCAUCCUCUUCAAUAGAACAUUAAUAACUAUAUGUCGAGAUCAGGUUUUGACCCACCUCAGACUGAUCUCCCAUAUCACCAUCGGUGUAAUAAUAGGUUUACUCUAUUUAAAUAUUGGCAAUGAUGCCAACAAGGUGUUUAACAACACUGGAUUUCUCUUCUUCUCUAUGCUGUUCUUAAUGUUUGGAGCCCUUAUGCCAACAGUGCUGACCUUUCCUAUGGAGAUGUCUGUGUUCCUGCGGGAGCAUCUUAACUACUGGUACAGCCUGAAGGCUUACUACCUGGCUAAAACCAUGGCUGAUAUCCCAUUCCAGGUGAGCUUGCAGGUGUGGUAG